UUGAGAGACAGGAGGCGGGGAGAGAGGCGUGUUGUGGAGCCCAGGCUGGGCUGGGCUGGUUCUUUGGAAAUUUAGUGCUGUUUGAUGUGUAUCUGGUGAAGAGAGAGAGAGAGCGAGAGGGAGAGUUAGCGCAUGGAGUAAAGCGAGAGGCAUUUCUGCUCACACACUCCGAAAUGGCUCCUGACCUGAAGGGAAGAUCUCGCAAGAGGAAACUGUCCUCAGACUGUGAGGGGCAGGACUGCAGUGACUCAGACCGUGACCAGCCUCAGUCCAAGAUGAAAUGUGAUGGGAUGGAGCCGUGCUCGGAGCCAGUGAAGCUCUGCGGAGCGGGAGCGGGAGAGGACAGUGUGCAGGCCUCUGGCCUGGAGCAGCAGCACUUCAUCACCAACCUGUACAGGUUCAUGAAGGAGAGCAACCGGCCAAUCGAGAGGAUCCCUCACCUCGGCUUCAAACAAGUUAACCUGUGGACCAUGUACAGAGCAGUGGAGAAGCUCGGUGGUUAUGAAGCGGUCACCACAAAUCGCUUGUGGAAAAACAUCUACGACGAGCUGGGCGGAAACCCGGGCAGCACGAGCGCAGCCACGUGUACGCGGAGACACUACGAGAGGCUGGUGCUGCCGUACGAGCGUCACAUGAAGGGAGAGGAGGACAAACCGCUGCCCCCCCUCCAACCGCGGAAACAAUACAAGGUCCUGAAGAACAGAGAGGGGAGAACGGCGAGCACAGAGCAGGACAAGCCGGGCAAGAGGAAAGCCAGCAGAGACACACCCAGCACGGAGACACCCACAGUGAGUUCAUCUACCUUCCUCUGUGACCUUGCCUGA